GUGGAUCCCGGCGCGGCGAAGGGGCGCUGCAGCCGCGCCGCUCCCAGCCUGCCCCGCUCCUUUCCGGGGCCGCCUGCGCCCGGAAGAUGUUGCCUUUGUCCAUCAAGGACGAUGAGUACAAACCGCCCAAGUUCAACCUGGUCAGCAAGGUCUCGGGCUGGUUCAGGUCCAUCCUGUCCGACAAGACCUCGCGGAACCUGUUCUUCUUCCUCUGCCUCAACCUCUCCUUCGCCUUCGUGGAGCUGCUCUACGGCAUCUGGAGUAACAGUUUAGGUCUAAUAUCAGAUUCCUUUCAUAUGUUCUUUGACUGUACUGCUCUACUGGCCGGAUUAGCAGCUUCUGUCAUUUCAAAGUGGCGAUCAAAUGAUGCUUUCUCAUAUGGGUAUGUUCGAGCAGAAGUACUGGCUGGUUUUGUAAAUGGUCUGUUUCUGAUCUUCACAGCAUUCUUCAUUUUCUCUGAAGGCGUUGAGAGAGCAUUGGAACCUCCUGAUGUGCAUCAUGAGAGACUUCUUCCUGUGUCUAUAUUAGGAUUCCUUGUGAAUCUUAUAGGAAUAUUUGUUUUUCAACAUGGAGGCCAUGGACACUCACAUGGCUCUGGGCAUGAGCACAGUCAUUCUCUAUUUAAUGGUGUUCUCAGCCAUGGACACAGUCACGGAGGUCACGGUCACAGCCAUGAAUCCAAACAUGGCCAUGGGCAUUCUCAUGAUCACAGUCAUGGGAAGGGACACUCGCACAAUCAGGAUUAUUGUCAUGAUGAUCACUCUCUUGAAGGGGCUGCAGGAUCCAACAGACAGAUUUUAGAAGGUGUAUUUUUACACAUUGUCGCAGACACUCUUGGAAGUGUUGGUGUAAUCAUAUCAGCUAUACUGAUGCAGAACUAUGGUCUAAUGAUAGCAGAUCCUAUCUGUUCAAUGCUCAUAGCUCUACUUAUAGGAAUAAGUGUUGUUCCACUUUUAAGAGAGUCCAUCGGAAUCUUAAUGCAGCGAACGCCACCUUCCCUGGAAAGUGCCCUGCCUCAGUGCUAUCAGAGGGUUCAGCAGUUGCAAGGAGUUUACAGUUUACAUGAUCCACACUUCUGGACCCUUUGUAGUGACGUUUACAUAGGGACCUUGAAACUAUUUGUAGCUCCUGAUGCUGACGCCAAGUGGAUUCUAAGCCAAACUCACAAUAUUUUUACUCAGGCAGGAGUCAGACAGCUUUAUGUACAGAUUGACUUUGCAGCCAUGUAGUGAACAUCAUAAAUUGAGUUCUUUGGACCAAAGUUUUCUGGUACUGUAAUGGUAUAAAACAUUGUACUCUUCAAGACAGAGCCACCGCCACCCCAGUUAACCAAGACCAAAUAGACUGCUGCCUUUUGGCUACUUCUAGAGUUCAUGUUUAAGGAGUAAAAACUGAAAGGAUAUGUCCUGGACUUCUGGUCUUGUCUUUUGUGGCCCCCAAACUUUUUUUCUUUUU